AUGUUAUUGCCAAUACGUUGUGUCGUUCCAUCACGUUUACGUUCAGAAUAUUUAAAAUAUAUUAUUUUUCGUGCAAAAAGACCGUGUAAGAUAUUCCUGCGAAAUUCAAAACGCGACUUGGCAACCGAAACUCACGUACCAAACUCUUUAUUACAUAAAAUUUUGCGCAGUGAUAAGUCAGAAGCUACCAGUGAAGAGCAAAGUCGGAAUAAAAAAGACAUACCAUGUAAAGAAAAUUAUAAGACAUCAUUACGAGAAGAGCAAAAAGAAAAUUUUAUGAUAAAAGAAAGCCAGAGAAUAUUUAAUGAAGCAGAAGUAGAAAUGCUUCCCAAUUGGUUAUACAAACAAAUUUUCAAUAAUUCGAAUCGUUCACAUCCUCCAAAACAUCGCGUAGAAUUAGCAUUGAAAAAUUUGAAAAAUCAAGCAAAACCAAUCCUAGAUUUAGCAAUUCAACUAGCCGAUUCAAAUUUACCAAUAAUACCUUAUAUUAAUAAUGAAUGGAAUUUUAUAUCUGGCUGGACGCGAUAUGAAAAUGGUAAAAAACCCACACUUGUAGAUUUUCCAAAUGAACGUAUUUUAUGUCUUGUAACGAAAACUUUUGCCAAAGAAAAUUAUCCAACAAUAGCGUGUGCCGCUUCUCCAACAGCAUGGUAUUCAUGGGUUUCACCACGAUUAGUAAAUGUAAAUAAUUUAAAACCUGGAAAUUUAAUUCCUAUUGGUAAACUUGAAGAUGAUAGAUUAAUAGUUGGGCAUAAUGUUGGAAUAGAUAGAACCAAAAUAAAAGAAGAAUAUCAAUUCGAAGAAACUCGAAAUAACUUUUUGGAUACAAUGUGCUUACAUGUUGCUGUAAGUGGAUUAUGUCACCGUUUACGUUCCGACUGGGUAAAGUAUGAAAAAGCUCGUCAACAAAAAAAUGAAGAAUAUUUGUUAUCAGCGAAAAAGUUUCAAAAAAUUUAUGAUGUAUCAUCUAUGAAUAAAUUAGAAGAAGUUUAUAAAUUUCAUUGUGGAAACAAGUUAGAAAAAUCAGCAUAUAAUAUCUUUAAAAAGGGUACAGUAGAAGAUCUUAGAUAUAAAAAAAUUUUUUUUGAAACAAUGUCAAAUUGUGCAUUGGAAGUUAAAACGAUUCAAGAGGUUUUAAAAAAAGUUCUUCCCCGAUUUUUAGAUGUUUGUCCACAUCCUGUUUCAUUUGCUGGUGUGAUUCAUAUGGGAAACAUGUUUUUGACGACAAAUAAAGAAUGGGAAGAAUACAUAUAUAACUCUGAAUAUGCAUAUCAAUAUUUUAAUAAUUCUAUUGAAUCGAUAUUAGAAAAUUUGGCGAAUGAAGCACUUAAAAAUGGAUAUGAAAAUGCAAUGAAAGAUCCUUGGUUGAGUCAAUUAGAUUGGAGUAAAGGAUCCAAAUGUAUAAAUCCUAAAUGGUAUCAAAAUAUUUAUAAUUACAAGACAAAAAAAGUUAAAAUAACUGCAAGUUGUAAUUUAGCACCAAUUUUAUUGAAAUUAAAAUGGAUGAAUUAUCCAUUAUAUUAUUCAAAAUUACAUGGAUGGAUGUAUAAGGUUCCAGUUGAUGAUAAAAAUUUCCGUACAAAAUCGGUAAAGUGUGAAUUUCCCAAAAAUCCAAAUAUUUUAAAUUAUGAACCCAAAUUUGCUGAAGAUAUAAUAGGUAAUUAUUUUGCUAUUCCGUCUAAAGGAAGUGAAGGUCAUCGUUGUGGAAAUCCGUUAGCCAAAAGAUAUAUGAGAGAAUAUGAAAAUGGAAUUAUAUCAUCAGAAUAUAGUCAAGCAGAAAUGGUAUUCAAAAUGAAUGCAGCUUGCACAUAUUGGAUGAGUAUAAGAGAACGAAUCAAAUCACAAUUAUUAAUUUAUCCUAAAGAACAUGGGAUUGAAAAUGUAGAUUUAGAAUUGACCGAUUCAAAAGAUCUUGGAAUUAUUUUACCUAAGGCAUUACCAAUAGGAACUAUAACUCGAAGAGUAGUAGAAAAUACCUGGGCAACUGCAACUAAUGCCAAAGAUUAUUUAAUCGGUUCAGAACAUAAAUCAAUGAUUAAGGCUCCCAAGGGCUAUAAAAUCAUUGGUGCAGAUGUGGAUUCUCAGGAAAUGUGGAUAUCAAGCUUGAUAAGUGAUGCAGAGUUUGGUUUUCACGGAUCAACUGGUAUGGGAUUCAUGACUCUUCAAGGAAACAAAAUAGAUGGUACGGAUUUACAUUCUAGAACUGCACAAAUUCUAAAUAUUUCAAGAAUGGAAGCCAAAGUUUUCAAUUAUAGUCGAUUGUAUGGUGCCGGAAUAGAAUCAGUAGUAGAAAUGCUUGAAAAGUCCAAUCCUAAUAUUGAUUCGGAAGAAGCAAAAGAAAGGGUAUCCACAUUUUUCAAAAAAACGAAGGGUGAAAAAUGUCAUCACAGAUUCAUUUGUGGCCGCGCAUUUUGGUUUGGUGGAAGUGAAACUUAUAUGGUCAAUCGUUUAGAAGAAAUUGCAUUAUCUGCAAAACCUCAAACUCCAGUUUUAAAAUGCGGUAUAACUGACGCAUUAACUUCCAGAUACGCAGAAUCGAAUUAUAUGACUUCUCGAAUUAAUUGGGUCGUUCAGUCAUCAGGUGUCGAUUACCUUCACUUACUUCUUGUUUCUAUGAAAUAUUUGAUUAAAAAAUAUAAGAUUCGGGCACGUUUCAUGUUAUCGGUUCAUGAUGAUAUACGUUAUCUUGUAAAAGAAGAUGACAAAUAUCGGGCUGCAUUGGCCCUUCAAAUAAGUGUCGACAUAGAUCAUGUUUAUCGAAAAGAAACUGAUAUGGAUUGUAUGACAAUUUCGCAUCAACAUAAGAUUAAGCCAGGUAAAAGUGUAUCAAUUCAUGACAUUCUGAAUCAUCAAACGUCUUUAAAUGAAGAUAAGCAGGACGCGAAUGAAGAUGUCGGAUCGGACCCCAUUGGAAUUCGAAUGCCAAAAGAUAAAUUAUGGGCACCCUAUAAGCCGUCGCUAACGGAUGCAUUCAUUUGGGCUCAGUCUAUGACAUCGUUUGAAGAAAUUGAACAAUUAUAUCAUCAAAUUAUGGAAUCAAAUAAAAAUAAAGAAAAAGGUUUUCCGAAAUUUCAAAAUAUAAAUGGAUAUCAAAAUGCAAAUCGGGAAUGUCAGCCACAAAAUACUUGUUAA